GGGGCGGGGCAGGCAGGGGGCGGGGCGGGGAAGGCUCCUCGGCCGGGCUCAGCGUGCGCUGCGCAGCAGAGCCGAGAGGUGCAGCGAGGGAGCGGCAGGCAGGGGCUUCCUUCCUUCCAUGGAAUUAUUGCUCCGGGCACUCAUAACCGAAAGGCAAAGAGGAGAGAGAAUGGAGACCAGAUCCACGAAAGCAAAGUGUGCACGGAGGACUCUCUUUGGUCCUGUGGACCCCGGUCAGCUGCAGCAGGACUUCCAGUGCAUGCUGUAUGCAAACAUGGAGACGGCCAAGCAGAAGUGGAACUUUGACUUCUUGCAAGAGGUGCCCGUGGAAGGCCUGCUGCAGUGGGAAGAGCUGCAGGAACAAGAGGUCCCCGCCUUUUACCACGCUUGUGUGGUCGGGGUGGCUCGUAAACCACUGCAGCCUGUGAACCGGACAGUAGCCCAGGAAGCACAAACUCACCACGCAGUGAAACGGAGAGAGAAAGCCAGGCCUGCCAAGAAGACAGGAGGGAAAAAGAGCCAAGCAAGGAAGAAGCAAAGGCAGACGUCUUUGACUGAUUAUUACACCACAAAGAAGAAAGUCAAAAUGGAAAUGCAAACUCCUGAAAAGAAACUGGCCUUUUAGAAUGGAGUGUUAUGGGAUAAAUCUGAUCCUAGUUGUGUGUUCAGGCAAAAACAGAACGACAUAUUCAAGAAAGCUGAAAUGGAAAUGUUGAGGACAUUCACAGUCCCCCACAGGGCAGCCAGACAAACUGAGUGCUCCUUUUUCUAAGGGAUGUUCCCCCCUUUUAAAGCUGGCAGUCAAAUAAGAAACAGGCUAACUGUAGCAACAACAGCACCACAAAGGAUAUUGCUUAUCAGAAAAUGGUUAGCUUAAGGGUAAAGAUCCAAAAUACUGUGUAUGAGCACAUUGUCAAUGCCAUUAUAUGGUUCUGCGGGGUGUAUGUUUAUUUUUGAAUUUAUAUGUAUUGACUUUCCAGUUUCAGCAUGAUAAUUGGGAAUAGGAGAGGGAGUUAGAAGAGUGGAGUCAGAAUUCCGGGCCCUUCCACUCAGUUACAAAUAUGGGCCUUCUUAAAAAUUGCUUACUGGUGUGGCAGCUAUUAAAGCAGCUGAGCAUGCACUGAGAACAAGUGGAGGCCAUGUGUUAAUCCAGUUGCCUCAGCUAAGAAUCUGCUAACUGGUUCUCCAUUCAGAAGAGGUUUUCCCCACACUAUCGUAAUAGUUUAAGGGUCCAGAACUUGGAAAUGGUGCCCCCCGAUCACAGGCCGAUGUGGACUUGGCAAGUCUCUUUUUACUUCAGCGAGGUACCAGUUGGCCUCUUGUCUAAACAGAGAUCGAACCGUGAAGCAGAGAACAAUCAUGUGAUUCUGCUCUUGUUGAUAUUACAUGUGGCCUGUGUAAAUGGUUAUCAGGGAAAGAGAGCUCUGUGACAGAUAAUGAACCAUGGUCAUAAAGGAUGUCCUAAACCUAACAACCUUUGCUGAGAGCUAUGCUGCUUAGUAACACCAUUGUGCACCUGUCAGCGCUUGAGAAGGUGCUGCGCUUCAAAAUGUUCGCUAUGAUGAGGAACUAAAUUUAUCCUAUUGAUAAUUUUGAACUAAAUGUUCAGGGUUGAUUUCCAUAGGAUGUAAUAUUCUGAAACGCUAUUGAUUACUUCUGUCAGUUAAAAAAUAUCUCUGUACUGCAAUAACAUUUCAGAUGUCCAAAAUCUGUAUUCAUAAAAUGGAGAUGCAUUGUGGGGCUGCCAGGUGUUUGACAAGACCUCCACUCUCUAGUCCAAGUCAAGCAACCAGAAUGUGAGGUUCAGUCCUCGGUGGGCCAUCAUCCACAUCUGGUGGGCUAGAUUGGGCCACAAGCUACAUAAGUCAUAUUGACUACGUCAAGGGCUGAGGCUGCAUAUCAGACCUUCCCAUUAACAGUAUUCCCCACCUCCCCAAGAAACAAAAACAUACUACCUGUCUGUUUAAGCAUGAAUGGUAGCUAUACUGUUCAAGCUCUUCUAAAGCUGCCUCAUAAAGGCAGAGAGGAAAUUGCACUUGGAAUUAACCAUGAACACUAUGCUCAAUAACUAGACCACUGAUGCUUCUGACCACUGUGGUAGAACACCAAAUCUACAUGUCUUUGUAACCUGUAGCCAGAGUUCUCCCACUAUCAACAUGCAGAUUGAGAGAAGUGUGUCAUCCUCAGGCAUUUCCACUCAAGCAAGUGCUCCAUCUAUGAUUGUGAUGAAGAACUGAGCCGUACCCUGCCGUGUACCUGGUUUUUGUCGACAUAAAAAACUAAGCCUGCAUUCUGUUAAAGCCCUUAUCUGCAACUGAGGCAGGUCUAAUCAGGAAUAUUUCAACUCCAUGUUGUCUGCUGGAUGACUAAGGAGUUUAAAGAGGAAUUUUGCAAAGUAUUGCACCUGCAAAACUGCUGUGUUGAGGCUUGCUUAUUUCCACCUAUAUCUGUUAUGAUAGAUACUUAUCUAACCCACCUGUUAGUAGCUUGUUUGUUUUUGUUUCUUUGUUAGUAGGUUAAAUUAUUCUUUGAGUUACAAGUUUUUCCUCAAUUCCAAUCAUUUGUCCAGUGGUUCAUUUGGGUCAAUGCAGUUCAUCCUGAUGUUCAGAAAGGUCUUUGUUAUGUUCAAAUCAGCAUUUGUCUUUGGGGAAAAUUUGCUUUUGUUUGCUUGGUCUAUUGUAGCAAUAUGGUUCAGCAAAUCAGCCUCAGGAGAGAGUUUAUUAUAUCAUUUGGUUAUGAAAGGUAGAUGUUUGCAGUGUUAUCAAUAAAAUCUGAUUUCUACA